AUGAAGUGGACGACUGGUGGUACUGCAGCGGCGGGGUGUUGCACCACAGAGGCGUCUAGCUGCAUCGCGGAGCACCUUGCCAUCUCUAGUGCGGAGACGACGGCAUGCGUGGCCAGAAGCCUGCCGACGGUGGCCCUUCUCGUUCGAUUUCCACAGCGGUGCCGCCGUGCACUCGUACUGCUGCGCCCCUUGGUUAUCAGGCAUCACAAGAAGAACAGACUGGUCUACCACGCAUCUGUGAGACUCGUCAGCGAGAGUGUACAGCGAGCGGCGUUGACGCCAUGCGGUGACGCAGCUGUGCUACUGGCUGACACGUUUAUCCAUGAGGCGCCACUGCCUACGUGUGAAUCCACCAGGAGCGGCGAUGCCUCGGUGACGCUGGUGCUGCGCGGAAGCCACCUACCCCUGCACGACCUAGAACAGCGAAGCGGCACGCUUCAGCCGCUGCUUCUUCAUCUUGGGCUGCGCGGCGCAUCAGCUCGACAGCACGUCCUUCGGUCGCUGCUGCGUAGUCGUGUUACAGGGGUUUGGUAUCGUCUGAGGCUUCUCGCACACAGUACCAGCGGAGCGGAGUGCUGCUGUCCUGUCGUCUCGGAGCUCGCGCUCUACACCAGCGAGGGCCACACGCUAGUGUUUGAGCCUAUCAUGGGCGACACGACGCACGAAAGGCUGGAAUUGGCGGGCAGCAUAGACUCCUCGAUGACUGUCAUCUACACAUGCACCGUCGGGACUCAUCUACUUUUCUCGAAGCUGAACGAAUGCACAGCCGCAUCCUCCAUUGAAGUCUCUCAACGCCGUAACAGAGCCGUUGGUGGAGCGCUUCUCGUUGCACCACCGUGCCGAUUUGCAGAUCAGUGGCGGCACUCUCCAUGGUUCGCAAGGGCUCUGGCUCUCUCCACAGCACCGUCUGCUGCUUUAUCAGGUGCGCUCGCGUCGGGCGAGCGAGGCCGUCGCGGCCACCGGAACCGCACCUCUUCUGUACUUGCCAUGAGCCAUAACCGAGGGGUGUGGCUGCUUAGAACAGGCUCGCAGCUAUACGUGGCGAGCAUCCCAACAAGCACAGGUACAAUGGAGAAACACGGCGACGCGGAGGCUGCCUUCACUACUGCGGUGAAGUUGGAUUCCUCGUAUGCUCUCCAUGAUGCGCAGUACGUGGUGUGCGGUGGCCAUGCUGGAUUCUUGUUGCUUUGCCGACGCAUCGGCGCGAGGGCAACGCAGCUGUGCGAUCCAACCUCAGCGAUGAGCCCGGUGACAGUUACCUCAGCCGCUGGCGAUCGCUUUGUCCACUGCUCUCGUCCGCAGAGCUCUCUGCAACUCCUGUUUCUCUCCCUCACGGGAAUGGGGACAGCUACUGCUGCGUCCGACGGGGCCACCUCGCCAUUGUUGCUGGUACCGCUGAUUUCUUCCUCGACUCUCGCAUCACUGCCGCUGUCCUUCGCCAAUCCGUCGAGUCGACUGCGCUUUGUCUGCGCUGUCUCUGCCGUUGACACGCCUGGGUCGAUUCUCGCGACAGAGAACCUCAGCGAUACCCUGUACGCCGCCAUCAGCAGUAGUGGCGACGCUCGUUACCUGUGGACAGUGAUGGUGCGCCUCCCGUCUGUGUGGCCGUCGUGCACAUCGCUGCUCCAGUUGUGCCCCGGUGAGUAUGGCGGAGUCGCAGGAGGAGCGGGUGCCGCUACUGGUGGAGCGUGCCGGGCAACGUCGACGCUUCAAUGGACAGCCCACGCGCUGAGUGCUUUGUUCCCGCACGCAUGUCUGAUGGUGGGCGACGACGUGGUCACUGCGUGGAGAGCAGCGGUACAGGACACCACUGCUUCAUCCCUCAGAAGGGCGUCGCCGUCAUCAGUCGCGGAUAAGGAAAAGGCGUGGCUGCUGGAGACGGCCCUCGAGGCAGCACUCUUAGAGUUGAACUAUCCGUACAGGCACAGAGCCACUGCUGCUGCUGCUGUCUCAGACGUGUCCCUUGGUCGAGGACCCCGCGCGGACGGCACCGCUUCGUACUACCCCGCAGGUACGAUUGCGUUUCACGACACGUUGCACGCACUUCUGCAUGCGUGCUUCUGCGGGGAUGCAGCGUGUACAGCCGGCGUGGUGGCCGUCUUCGCCGGCUUCUCCACUGCCUUACGCAUGAAUGGUCUCCUGGUCGGGUACCGGGACUGCCCAGUUGACAGUGAUGUGGGCGUCGUGGCCACAAUGCGGGUUGUUGCCUUCUUGCAUGGGUGUGCGCUGCUUCUCCGACACGCGAUAGAGGACGUGGCGGCUAUGGGUGACGUGUCGGCGCUGCUGGCGUGCGUAUCCCACUUAAAUCAGACACUGGCAUCAAGCGCCGCACGAAAGUCACCGUUUGUCACGACACCAACGGCAUGGGAGGUGUGGACUCUCUUGCUGCAGCCUCUCUUUGACUUUGUGUGGGGCGUUGUGCAGGCGUACGGCGCAUCGACAGGGGUGACAGCCGGUCUGCUGGAGUACUGCAGUCCUGCGACGCGGUCGAUGGCGCAUGCGCGAAAACUGUGGUGGCCGUAUGAAGGCAAUGCUGUCCACGACACAAAGCUCAGUGAGGCUGCACUGCUUAAAGCUCCGGGUGAGGUGUCCCCCAGCACCGGACCGGCGCCCCAUCUCGCGGCUGCAGUGCUGUCAGCGGAGCACGGUGGCGCAGCACCGCCCUCCGUUCCACGCACCCCUGUGCCAGCUGCUGUGUCUUUGUCACCGGUUGCCGCUGCGGCAGCGGCAACAUCAUCGUAUACGAAUGCAGAACUGUACGAGGUGGUGCGUCGAGUCUUUCUCAUGCAGGGUACCUCAGCAGCGCUGCGUCUGCUUGACGAGCUGCAGCGACACGAGAGUACCAAAGCCGGUGUGGCUGAAAUGGCGCAGAUGCUAGAAGCGAUGCAGCGCCGCCUUCAAGGGCUCCACUUAUAA